GUCACCAAAUGGUGGGGAGAAUGGAGCUCCUGGUCCACAUGUUCCCGCACCUGUGGAGGAGGUGUAAUGUCAAGGGAGAGGCACUGCUUAUGGCAGCGGCUACAAGUAUCUCAGGGGACAAAUAGUACUAUGUGCCUGGGCCAGUCGAAGCGCUACCAAUUAUGCCAACAGCAGCUUUGCCCUGCCAACACAGCCAGUUUCAAACAGCAUCAGUGUGCCAGUUUCAAUGCCAAGGCCUUUGGGAAACACUAUUAUCAUUGGAUGCCACUCUACCCAGAUGAUUACACCAGCAUCUCUAACAAGCCCUGUGAUCUCCAGUGCACUUCAAGGAGUGGGGAGAGACAACUGAUGGCACAAGCCCAGGAUGGCACAUCGUGCAAGGAUAGGACUUUCCAAGGGGUCUGCAUCAGUGGGAAGUGUGAGCCAAUAGGGUGCGAUGGCAGCCUCUACUCUUCUCAGGUGAUGGAUCGGUGCCGGGUAUGUGGAGGAGAUGGAAGCACUUGCUACCGAGUCUCAGGCAGUUUCCGAAGGGGGAUCUCACAGUUAGGAUACGUGUUUAUCACCAACAUUCCUGCUGGUGCUACAGAUAUACUCAUUAUUGAACGAAGGAAGACAGAGAAUAUCCUGGCACUAGCUGAUGAAUCGGGGCAUUUCUUCUUCAAUGGAAACUCUGCUAUUGACAAUCCACAGAACUUUAGAGUGGCUGGCACCGUGUUCAAAUACCGCCGCCCUUCCAGUCUACAUUCUGAUGGUCUGGAAUACAUUAUUGCACAGGGGCCUACCAACCAGUCUCUCAACGUCAUGUACUACAAUUUCAAUGGAAAAAUGCCACAUGUAACAUAUGACUACACAGUGCCCAGAGGACUGUCACCAGCUGUUCAGACAGUUCCGCCAGCCAUCAAGAUGCCUCUCUAUCUUCACUUACCACAGCCUAGCCAAAAUUACCAAGAUGCAGUUUCAUCCAUUUCCCAAGAUUUCAAUGCUACUUGGAUCUCUGUUGCACCAGAUGACACGAGAGAAGAACGUGGGGGUAUGACCUUCAAUAGCCAGAACUUCUUCCCAAGUAACUCCACUGCCCAAGCCCUCAGACUCAAUAAGAUUAUGAUCAGCACAGCCAUGCCCCGUGGUGCAGCACGAUUUGAACUCCAUGAAGCCAAUAGGAUUAGUCCAUCUCGACUCCAUCUCUUCAGGUCAUUGUGUCUCCAGAAUCCACAAAAUGCUGCUUUUUGUAGGGCAUUGCAUUACAUGGCAGCCAAACUUGGGAGAAAGAAUUCAACAGUAGGGUUGUGGGGUCGUGCAACAAUCAAAUGGCCAGAAAGACUGCACAAGCAACCUGCAGAAAAGAACUUCCCAGACAAAGUGAAUCUUGACCCUUUUGCAGUGAAUGAAGCAACAAACGACACUUUCAUGGCAACUUCUUCCAACCCCAGUUCCAGCUCCAGGAUUCCAACUAGCUUUGAGAACAAGCAGCUGUCAGAGCCUCUUCAAGCUCCUGGUGCUGAAAGCAAUGACUUUGAACUAAGUCCCCUUGGCCAUGAUGAGAUCAGCUUGGCUGACAUGUAUCGAUGGAAGGUCUCAGCCUACGCUCCUUGCAGCUCCACAUGCACGUCAGGGAUCAGCACCUCCUAUGCUAUGUGUGUCCGCUAUGAUGGAGUGGAAGUGGAAGAAGCCUACUGUGAUGCAUUGACUCGUCCUGAACCCACCCAUGAAUUCUGUGCAGGCCGAGAGUGCCAGCCUAGGUGGGAGACCAGCCAGUGGAGUGAGUGUUCGAGAACUUGUGGUGAAGGUUAUCAGUACCGAAUUGUGCGCUGUUGGAAGAUGCUGGCUCCAGGCUUUGAUAGUUCGGUCUACGAUGACAUGUGUGAGUCAGCUGGGCUAACCAGGCCUAUGGAACGGAAAUCGUGCAAGAACAAAGUUUGUGGGCCGCAAUGGGAGUUGUCAGAAUGGUCUGAGUGUUCUGCUCGGUGUGGUGGUCAAGGGACAAUGAAAAGAGAAGUGCGCUGUUCGUUCGAACCCAAACUGUGCAAUGAAUCCACAAAGCCUGUCAACGAAAGAGAGUGUUUAGGUCCCCCUUGUGACAGGCACUGGGCUGCCUCUGAUUGGGGACCAUGCUCAGGUUUGUGUGGUGAAGGGCGGACGAGUCGCUUGGUCACGUGCCGCAACGUGGAAGGGAAGUUGAUCUCAGAGUCCCAGUGCAAUCCCAACACCAAGCCCCUGGCAAUCUACCCCUGUGGAGAUAAGAACUGCCCUGCCCACUGGGUCGAGCAAGAGUGGGACCAUUGCAAUGCCACAUGUGGUCGAGGAGUCAAGAUGCGGACAGUGCUGUGUGUGGGACUAGAAAAUGGCCUGUACAAAGAAUACCCUGAGAAGCGCUGCAAGGCUUUUCCAAAGCCAGAAACGCAAGCACCGUGUUUCCAGAGACCCUGCUCCACGUGGUUUUCAACCUCUUGGUCUCAGUGCAGCAAGACCUGUGGCACUGGCCUGCGUUUCCGCGAAGUGAAGUGCUACCAAGGAGAAGCCUUAGGCCAAGGCUGUGAGUCAACAUCCAAGCCUGAAGCCAGGCAGGCUUGCCAGCUACAGUUGUGUCCCACCAAUGCUCCAGAUGAAGAUUGUGAUGACAAAGCAACAGCUAACUGUGUGUUGGUCCUGAAAGUAAAGCUUUGUUCACACUGGUAUUACAGAAAGGCUUGCUGCAGGUCUUGUAGGAGCAAGACACCCUGAUUUGGCCCCUGCUUCUUCAGCUUCAGAAUAAGAAGCAAAGCAUUCAUAAGAGACAAACUAGAUGGAAGCCUGCCUUCUCGACCAGAAAGAAUGGUGCCUGAUCCUCAUAGACAGUCCAGAACAUUGGUCCGCUUACUAGAAACUUUUACGUUGCUGUAAAAAUGACUGAUUACAGGCCUUUUCAUUAGGGGGCCUGCCCCUGUAUAUUGCGCAGGUGACCUAAUAACCAGACUCCUUGAUGCCAUUCACAGGCAUUUUGUAAUGCUGAGUAAUAUUAAAAUCUCUGCUUCCCCAUUUCUUUAAAUUCCUGGGGCUGGAUGUACCACUGCUUUCCCUGAUUGAUUCUGAAUUUCAGUGGCAUCACCUGACAUUGUUCGGAGGCUACACACAGCUUGAGAUGCGCAGCUUGCCCAAUGUUGCUUUAGCAUCCCCCUGUACUUUGACAAUGUUGCCAUUUCAUCCUUUUGUACACCUAGGCAAAUUCCAAGCUUAACGUUUAUAUCAUGUUUUAGA